AUGAAAGACGCCGAUAUCGUUGGUCAUGCCAUAGCGGAGGUGCUGCCUCAGACCAACAAGUACUGGUUCCAAAUUCCGCACUUGCGACGCUUGAACCUGAUCUUAUUGGUACCUCUACUGUCCUCAGCUGUGGCAGGAUAUGAUGGCUCGUUGAUGAAUGGCCUCCAGUCGCUCCCCCAAUGGCAAGAAUACUUUGGCCACCCCACAGGAGCGCUUCUUGGUCUGGUCAACGCGGCACAGUCUGCCGGCUCCGUAGUCGUGCUGCCAUUCGUCGGGGUGCUCUCCGAUCGCUAUGGCCGGCGCAUAGUAUUGUUCAGCGGUCUCAUCGGUGUAAUCAUUGCGACUAUCAUACAAGCAACAGCAACAACAUUGGCGCAAUUCGUUGUCUCACGAGCUGUCGUGGGCGCUGCGGGAAUGUUCGUCGUCCAACCCUCCCCAAUGUUAAUCGCCGAGCUGGCCUAUCCUACGCACCGAGGCAAGUACACAAGUGCUUUCUGGACUAUGUACUACCUCGGUGCUAUCUUGGCUGCGUGGACAACAUGGCUCGUCGCCAAAGAGCGGCAAGAUGAAGCGCGACAAAUCCUUGCCCGAUACCAUUCUGGUGGUGACGAACAUAGCCCGUUAGUUACCCGAGAGAUGAGCGAGAUCGUUUACGCCAUUCGACAAGAGAGUGCAGCCAAAUCGGUACAAUGGAGCGCGCUUGUUGCCACCCCUGGCAACCGGAAGCGGCUCUUCCUCGCCGUGUGUGUCGGUGGAUUUGCACAGUGGAACGGUAUAGGUGUCGUUUCCUACUAUCUCACCCUGGUGUUAAACUCCAUCGGCAUAACGGAUCCAUUCAUGCAGACGCUCAUUAAUGGGCUGUUGCAGAUCUUCAACUUCGCCGCAGCUGUAAGCGCGGCUCUCUUGGUUGAUCGACUGGGACGACGAACUCUUUUCCUCUGGAGUGGAAUUGGCAUGCUAAUCUCGUACAUUGUCUGGACAGCAUGCUCGGCUGUCAAUAACGAGGAUAACAACAAGGCUGCAGGAUAUGUCGUGGUGGUGUGCCUCUUCGUUUUCUAUUUCCACUACGACAUCGCAUAUACGCCGCUUUUGAUGAGCUAUCCGACUGAGAUCUUCACCUACAGUCUCCGAUCGAAGGGCAUCAGCUGCGAACUGCUCUCCAUCUAUGUUUCUUUGGUCAUCCAGGCGUUCGUCAAUCCGGUCGGCAUGGAAAACCUGGGUUGGAAGUACUAUAUAGUCUUCUGCUGUUUGCUGGUGGUCUUCCUCGGGGUCACGUACUUCUUCUUCCCAGAGACGAAGGGUCGGAGCUUGGAGGAGAUUGCUGAGAUCUUUGAUGGCCCCGGAGCGUCGCCUGAUGCAAAUCUCGUGGAAAAGGAAGAAAAGUUUGACAAGCAGCACAUCGAGGUAGCCGGGGUAUGUUAA